UUCAUUCAAUCUUUCACUAUCCAUCUCCUUGAUUGCUUUCUGGUUCGCCUGGGAAGGUUGUGAUGCUGGUAAACUGCUAGCAGUUGUAUCUUUUCGCGUCGGCAGCUGGUUGGGAGGAGAGCCAAGAUGAGUCGGUGUGUUCUCCGCUCGCGGCACUGCAGUGUCGGAGCUUGUCCUGCUGUUUCAGUCGCCCUUCGCGGCUCAUCCACGACGCCUGUACACCACCAAGUUCCACGGCAAGUCGAAAAACCCGAGAUCGACACAACCUGGCAGAUGCGUGCUCUGCCGCUAAAGCUUCAGCAGCCAGUCCCAAGUGAUCUGGAAAUUGCACAGGCCCAAGAACCCAAAGACAUCAGCGAGGUGGCGGAAGAGCUUGGCUUGCACUCGCAUGAGAUUGAUUUCUACGGUCGCAAGAAAGCCAAGGUUUCAUUGGAUGUACUUGACCGCCUCGCAUCGGAACCAGAUGGCAAAUAUGUCCUUGUGGCAGGAAUCACACCGACACCGCUCGGUGAAGGCAAGAGCACUACAGUAAUGGGCCUUGUCCAAUCAUUGGGUGCUCAUCUCGGUGAGAAUGCUUUCGCGUGCAUCCGCCAGCCAUCCCAGGGCCCCACGUUCGGCAUCAAGGGCGGCGCUGCAGGUGGUGGCUACUCGCAAGUCAUCCCGAUGGAAGAGUUCAACCUUCACUUGACCGGUGAUAACCAUGCUAUCACCGCUGCCAACAAUCUCCUGGCUGCUGCAAUCGACGCACGGAUGCUUCAUGAAAGCUCACAAUCAGAUAAGCGUCUGUACAGCCGACUAGUUCCAGUUGUCAAUGGAAAGCGCGCCUUCAGUGCCAUUCAAAUUCGCCGUCUGGAGAAACUGGGAAUUAAUAAAACAGACCCCGACUCUCUGACGGAAGAGGAGCUGGGUCGGUUUGCUCGCCUGGACAUUGAUCCAGACACGAUAACCUGGCAGAGGGUAGUGGACACGAACGAUCGGUUUCUGCGUGGCAUCACAGUCGGCCAGGGUCCCAAGGAAAAGGGUGCUGAACGACAGGCCCAGUUUGACAUAACUGUUGCCAGUGAGAUUAUGGCAAUUCUGGCCCUGACUACAGAUCUGGACGACAUGAGGCAAAGGUUUGCUCGCAUUGUCGUCGCCAGCAAUCGUGCUGGUGAGCCCGUGACAGCAGAGGAUCUUGGCAUCAGCGGUGCACUGACAGUUCUGAUGAAGGAUGCUAUUCGCCCUAAUCUCAUGCAGACUCUAGAGGGAACACCGGCACUUGUCCAUGCAGGUCCUUUCGCCAACAUUGCUCACGGCAACUCAUCCAUCGUUGCGGAUCGUAUUGCAUUGAAGGUAGCAGGGCGCGAUGGUUACGUCGUGACCGAGGCUGGAUUCGGCGCAGACAUUGGCAUGGAGAAGUUCUUCAACAUCAAAUGCCGUGCCAGUGGCCUGGUACCUCACUGUGUCGUCUUGGUUGCAACCGUGCGUGCUUUGAAGAUGCAUGGCGGUGGCCCCAAGGUUGUUGCUGGUGCGCCUCUUCCAAGAGAAUACGUUGAGGAGAAUGUUGAACUUGCCCGUGCCGGCUGUGCCAAUCUGCGAAAGCAAAUCGAGAAUGCCACCAAGUUUGGUGUGCCUGUGGUGGUGUGUGUCAAUAAAUUCAAGCAAGAUACACCAGCAGAACUUGCAGCAAUACUUGAAGAAGCUCGCUCAGCAGGCGCUUCCGAGGCCGCAGUGUCCGACCACUGGUCGCUUGGUGGCGAGGGUGCUGUUGACCUGGCGAAGGCUGUGCGUAGGGCGUGCAAUCAGCCAAGCGACUUCCGCUACUUGUACAACCUGGAGGACGAUAUCCCCACCAAGAUUGAAACCAUCGCUCGUGAAAUCUACGGUGCUGCUGGUAUCGAACUCUCUGAACAAGCCAAGGCCAAGAUUGACACCUACAACAGACAGGGUUUCGGCAAUUUGCCUAUUUGCAUGGCGAAGACUCACCUCUCCCUGUCGCAUGACCCGGAGCGAAAGGGUGCACCAUCUGGAUUCACUCUGCCGAUUCGUGACAUCCGGGCCAGUGUUGGUGCAGGGUUCCUGUACCCGCUCGUUGGCACCAUGAGCACCAUGCCUGGCCUGCCCACGCGGCCCUGCUUCUACGACAUUGACUUAGACGAGAAAGGCAAUGUGAUGGGCCUGUUCUAGUGGUUAUGUGCACAGAACAUCCCAAUCCUGACCUGGUGUAUACUGUCUAGAAAUUGGUCUGUGGUGUGAAUGGUAAAAACUGCACUGGACAUGCUUACCUGUUGUGGCACUCUUCACCCAUCUUGAAACCCGCUAUAUAACAGAUCUCCCACUGAUGUGCCUGAUUCUAUUACUCUUUCUCAUAUUCUCUUCUUUCACCGUUCUAUGUCUUCGAUCUUUACCAAUCAAUAUUUUGAUUAAACUGUGUCAAUUUCUUGCACUCGUAUACAGUACUUUAUAGUCGCCUGGUGAUCGUGACUUCGUGAAACUCUGAGUUGCAACAAAGCUCCCCCCCUCUCUCUCUCUCUCUCUCUCUCUCUCUCUCGUACUUGUAAUGUAUGUAAUACUUUACUUUUCCGUUGCUAUUUCUAGACUGGUUACAGUUUGGCUGCAUACAGUAUGCUUUUCUCCAUGGUUGUGCAUUGGACAAGACUGAAUCAUGCCAUAGCCAUAUCCCAGGAUCAUGCA